AUGGAAGCCGCGUCUGGCCAGCCCGAUGCCGUAUACGAAGCUCAGCUGCAGCGAACCCUCCAGGAGUUGGACGGAAGAAGAAAAGAGCUCGAGGCUGCCUUGCAACAGCUGAGGGCAUCCGCCAGCCGAAACCCCCUUUCUAAGGGCGGGAUAUCGGAACACGACUCCAUGAAGAUCAUGACAAAGGCAUUCCAUGAUGUGGCAGAGUCAGAGCCGCUCCUACCUUCGCCGGAAUCUGUGCUGCCGGCGCUGCUAGCAAUGCGGCGCGCGCACCAGACCAUUGCGGAGUCUAAUGAGUACAACGACAAACAGGCGGCGUUGCUGGAGCAGAUUGAGCGGCGGAUAGAUACCGAGCGAGCAAAUCUGCGUGAGCAGCAAGCCUUGCAGGUGGCACUGGAAAACCGCAUCAAACUCCUGCGCGAAGGACUUGAAAACAGGCAGGAGAAGACUGAAGAGCAGAUUGCCAAGGAACGCAUUACCGAACUGAAGCAGCAGAAGAACCACUGGGACAAGGAGACAUCAGACCUCAUGAAACAACUGGAUUGGUUUAUUGGCGAACACCUCGGGCCUAUGCUAGCUGCGGAGGAGCUAGGCGGACCGGUAGUAGGGGAUUUGACAGAGAUCGACCCAGACGAUCUGAUCUCCGGAUUCAACGCGCACGGGAAGUUGAAGAAGGCGAAAGCCCAACAGGACCAGGACAGGCGGCAGAAGCGGAUCGACGAGAUAUGGGGCCCUGCUGAGCAGCAGGGGCAACCAAACAAAAGGAAACGUGAAAGGGAUGAGAUAUCGGCCGCCAGCACAGAGAUGCGCGAUCUCAUUGUGCAGCUCAUGAACAAGUUGAUGGAAUCUGGGGGUGACACCUCUACGGCAUAUGUGGAAAUACCGCGCGAGUCCGCCGCGGCUCGGUUUCUAGUCCGAUCAAAGGUCGCAGUAUUCCACCCCAAGGAUGCUCAGAGGUUACGGCUGGUCGACUUUGGGCGGGAACUGGAUGGCUAG